UUCCUCCCUCACACAGCAGCCCUGCAGCUGAUCUUCGGUUAUGCAGGUCCCCCCCUCUGACUCAUCACUUGGUACAGCCGUAGACGCUUAUUUCUCUUGCUCCUUUGCGACUGCGGCUUGGACAGUUCCACAGACCUACAGAGCAGAGGGGGAGGCAGCCGGCACUACGCAGCAGUUCUGGAACAGCUGGACGAUUUUCGGGGCUCUCCACUUCACUUGUUGCAGUCGGCCAAAUCUUUCUCUGGCACACCUCAUAGUCUAAAGCAGUUGAGUCGAGAAUUAAGAACAUCCAUGGAGGGAAAAUACAAAGAAAUAGCAGAGGAACUGUUCAGUCGUUCCCUUGCUGACAGUGAAAUGCGUUCUGCUCCAUAUGAAUUUCCAGAGGAAAGCCCCAUUGAGAAGCUUGAGGAAAGGAGACAACGACUAGAACGUCAGAUAAGUCAAGAUAUCAAACUCGAGCCUGACAUUUUACUUAGAGCAAAACAGGAUUUUCUGAAAAUCGACAGCAGCUCAGACUUACAGCUAUACAAAGAAGAACAUGAAGAUUUUGUGGAUAAUUUAUCUAAAGAAAUUUUUUAUGAAAGAGAAUAUCUAAGAGUGUCCAUCUCAGGUGAUGAAAAGUGUGGGGUACCUUUCACAGAUCUUCUGGAUGCAGCCAAGAGUGUGGUGCGGGCUUUAUUCAUUCGGCAAAAGUAUAUGAAUAUUUCCAUGCAAAGCUUUUGUCGAACUACUGCUCAACACCUAAAGAAGCUCAGUGAUGAGACGUUAGACAGCCCACUUCAGGAAGAAAGUGCAGAUACUCCUGUCGCUGCAGAUGCUCCUGUUCAUCCUCCCUUCUCUGACCAGCAUCCAUAUGAAGUGUGUAACCCCAGUGAUAUGCCUCCAGACUUGGGGUUUGGGCUAAAAAUGGUAGAUGGUGUCAUCCAUGUAUAUACAAAGCGUGAUGUCAUGGACAUGAAUACAGAGCUGGAUCUCCCGUACCUGGAUCUUUCAGAGUUUGUGGCAGACAUGAAUGUGCUGAUGGCUCUUAUUAUCAAUGGCCCCAUUAAGUCUUUCUGCUACCGACGCCUGCAGUACCUCAGCUCCCGUUUCCAGAUGCAUGUUUUAUUGAAUGAGAUGAAAGAGUUAGCAGCUCAGAAAAAGGUGCCACACAGAGACUUUUACAACAUACGUAAGGUGGACACUCAUAUUCAUGCAGCAUCCUGCAUGAAUCAGAAGCAUUUGCUCCGAUUUAUCAAACGGGCAAUGAAAAAGAACUUGGAAGAAAUUGUUCAUGAAGAGGGCGGAAAAGAGCAGACGCUGCGUCAAGUCUUCCAGAACAUGAAUCUAACUGCAUAUGAUCUCAGUGUGGACACUCUGGAUGUUCAUGCGGACAGGAAUACUUUCCAUCGCUUUGAUAAAUUCAAUGCCAAAUACAAUCCAAUAGGUGAAUCUGUUCUAAGGGAGAUCUUCAUCAAAACAGAUAACAAGGUGUCAGGAAAAUACUUUGCCCACAUAAUCAAGGAGGUGAUGUCAGAUUUGGAAGAGAGUAAAUAUCAGAAUGCAGAGCUACGUCUUUCAAUAUAUGGUCGUUCUCGGAAGGAAUGGGACAGCCUGGCACAUUGGGCUGUCAGUCAUAAAGUGCAUUCCAACAAUGUCCGAUGGCUGAUCCAGAUCCCACGACUCUUUGAUGUGUUUCGCAGUAAGAAACAGGUUAAUAAUUUUCAAGAAAUACUUGAAAACAUUUUCUUGCCUCUGUUUGAAGUCACUGUGAAUCCAGCCAGUCACCCAGAGCUGCACCUGUUCCUGGAGCAUGUGGAUGGGUUUGACAGUGUAGAUGAUGAAUCCAAGUCAGAACACCAGAUUUUUAACAUGGAGAGCCCCCUGCCAGAGAAUUGGAAGGAGGAUGAAAACCCUCCAUAUUCCUACUAUUUAUACUAUAUGUUUGCCAAUAUGACUGUACUCAAUCACCUACGAAGGCAGCGUGGAUUUCAUACUUUUGUUUUGCGUCCACACUGUGGAGAAGCUGGACCGAUUCACCAUCUUGUUUCUGGAUUUAUGCUGUCGCAGAAUAUUUCCCAUGGGCUCCUGCUCCGCAAGGCCCCAGUGUUGCAGUAUCUAUACUACCUGGCACAAAUUGGCAUUGCUAUGUCUCCUCUGAGUAAUAACAGUCUUUUUCUGAGCUAUCACCGAAAUCCACUCCCUGACUUUCUGUCACGUGGCCUUAUGGUAUCACUGUCCACAGAUGACCCUCUGCAAUUCCAUUUCACAAAGGAACCUCUAAUGGAAGAAUACAGCAUUGCAACUCAAGUGUGGAAACUCAGCUCCUGUGACAUGUGUGAGCUUGCCAGAAACAGCGUUUUGAUGAGUGGGUUUCCUCAUAAGGUAAAAAGUUAUUGGCUGGGGCCUAAUUAUCUGCGAGAAGGUCCAGAAGGAAAUGAUAUUCGCAGAACUAAUGUGCCUGAUAUACGGGUUUUGUAUCGAUACGAGACACUGUGUGAAGAGCUGAUGCUGAUCACACAGGCUUUGCAAAGUGAAGAGCUGGAGACCAUCCCUGAAGAAAUGCUGUACAUGGGAGGUGGACUGAACAGGGUUUCCAAAGGAAAAGACACUGGAAACAUGGGAGAGGAGAAAAAGAAACUCCAGUAACACCAUGGAGACUUGAGGCAGGGUAGGGAAUUAGCCAUGUAGAUGACAAAGUGCAUGGGAUUUACCAUAUAAAAAAAACAAUAAAGAAUUUUUAAGUUUGGGUGCAGCUUUUAAGAAUGUAAAAAAAUCUGUAGAAAGAAUGGACAUUGAUGUCUCUGAAAUGCAGACUAUUUACAUAAAGUGAGCUUCAGGAGGAAAAAUAAGCCUUAAAAAAUCACAAAAAAAAAAAGUUGGAUCACUUCUAGACGGAAAGAUAUUAAGAUGCUUAAAAUGUUGACAAGGAAAGCAUAUUAUGAGUUAUGCUCGAUGCUAUGGAAGAAUUCUUUUGCAGUAAAUAUGAUUCAAAGUGAAAGAUUAGAUUUGUAUAUAUAUAUAUAUACACAUAUACAUAUAUAUAUACACAAACAAGGUGGAACCGCUCCUCCGUCUGCUGCACGUCCUUGUGCCACGGACACCGUUACCACUCUCGGUUCAGUAGAGACCACAUAAGAAGACGUCCGGCACUUAGGGAAUAGCAGGUAAAAACUUAUGUAUGGCUUUAUUCAGAACGCAAUUGGCAGGACAAGAUCUGACGCGUUUCGCACACUCAGGUGCUUAGUCGUAGUCUACAACUAAGCUCCUGAGUGUGCGAGACGCGUCAGAAUAAAGCCAUACAUAAGUUUUUACCUGCUAUUCCCUGAGUGCCAGACGUCUUCUUUUGUGAUAUAUAUAUAUAUAUAUAUAUAUACACAGUGAAAUCCAUGACCUUAUUAAAGGGGGUAUGAUAACAUAGGUUUCUAUAUGAUUAAACACACAGUGUUAGAGUGCUCUAUACUAUGAAGCAAGUAGAUUCAAGGCAAGAUCUCAUCAUGGACAGCUGCUGUAAAAAAUAUGUCAAGAGGAAGACAACUAAGGCAUUUAAAAAAAUGUAUACUACAUACUUGUAGGUCACAAAUAAUUGCUGUAAACACUUUAUAUACUUGUGUGUCCACAAUUUUCAAUGUCUGUAUGGCCACUUUAUACUAAAGGUAUAUUUUUCUUACAGGUGAGAGUGCAUGCUGAGAGUUGCAACUAAGAGAAUUGUGUGUAUGUUGGCAGGCAUUUAAAGGUUUUCUGUGCUAGAUUCCAUUACUGUUUUCAUUUUUUUUUCUCAUAUUUUGGCUGCCUGCUACUGAAACAGUAAAACUGAUUUCAGACAAGUGUAAUACAAAUAAUCUUUAUAGCUGAAAGAAGGGGUUGGGAAUGCUGUCAACACAGAACGCUCUGGGAAAUUACAAGUAGAUUACACCCGGCGGGCACUUGCUGUUAGUUCUGGACAUUAAAUCCACAGCCAAACCAGGAUUUGCAGCAAAAAAAAAAGUGUCUGGAUUACGCUUGUCUGCAACUGGUCCAAGACAAGUUCUAGAAUGGAAACAUGCAUUGGUAAUGAAAAUUAUUAAUAAGAAAUAGACUGUGUCUCAUGUUAAUCUGUUUCAUGUGUCAGCUUGUAGCUAGGAUUCCAUUAAGUCAGAAAAACACACCAGCAUUUUUUUAGCUAGGCUAGCCUGUCAACAUAUCCGCUACUAUCAGGGUUUUCUGUAUUUUACUGUUAAAUUUGACAUUUUGGGACCAAUACUAAAAUGCUGUUUGAUGAUUACGAUUAGAGAAAUAAAUGAAAAAAUUUGACACAAAUGAUCAUAAAGUGUGACCUUGUAUACAUUUGUGGUUGUGUUUCUGUGUUAUAUUACUGUACUUCCUGCAUGCUCAGGAGCUAUUGUUUGCCCAUUGUUAAACAUUUCACUUCCAAAUGCUAAUACCAUAUUGGAAUAUGCAUGGAAAUAAAUAAUAUUUCAAUCA